AUGGUGUUCUUACCUGCAAAAGACUCCGGCCAAUUGACUCCAAUUCCCGAUAUCCCUAUCAGCGAGUUUAUGCUCAAUGAGAAAUAUGGCCGAGUACCGCACGCCAGCUCCAGAGAUCCAUACACAUGCGGCCUCACUGGGAAAACAUACUCGUCGCAAGAGGUAGCCAGCCGUGUUGACUCCCUGGCUCGUAGUCUUUCAAAGGAAUUUGAUUGGGCGCCGAACGAAGGAACGGAAUGGGAUAAGGCACUGGCUGUGUUUGCAUUGAACACUAUCGAUUCCUUGCCCCUAUUCUGGGCCGUGCAUAGACUAGGCGGUGUUCUCAGCCCCGCCAACGCAUCAUACUCCGCCGCGGAAUUGACACAUCAGCUGCUUGAUUCCAAGGCCAAGGCCCUCGUCACCUGCGCCCCUCUCCUAUCGAUCUCACUGGAAGCUGCAGCCAAAGCCGGUCUCCCUAAGAGCAGAAUCUACCUACUUGAUGUACCCGAGGAGCUUCUUGGGGGCGCCAAGCCUCCAACAGAAUACAAGACCGUUGCCCAACUCAUCGAGACGGGCAAGUCUCUACCGCCAGUGGAUGAAUUGAGAUGGAGCGCGGGCGAGGCAGCCCGACGAACAGCAUUUUUAUGCUACUCGAGUGGAACAUCUGGAAUGCCGAAAGGAGUGAUGAUCUCACACCGCAACGUGAUCGCUAAUACCCUCCAAAUCAAGGCAUUUGAGAAGAGCUAUCGUGAUGGCCGGGGCACAAAGCCCGCUAUUACAGAAGUUGCUCUUGGUCUCCUUCCGCAGAGUCACAUCUAUGCUCUUGUGGUCAUUGGCCAUGCUGGCUCAUACCGAGGCGAUCAAACAAUCGUUCUUCCCAGGUUCGAAUUGACAUCCUACCUGAACGCUAUUCAACAGUUCAAGAUCUCCGCACUCUUCCUGGUACCUCCGAUCAUCAUCCAUAUGCUGAGCACUCAAGACGUGUGUUCCAAGUAUGACCUGAGCUCCGUGCAUAGUAUUUUCACAGGAGCAGCACCCCUGGGCAUGGAGACAGCAGCUGAUUUCCUCAAAUUCUACCCGAACGUUUUGAUCCGCCAAGGAUACGGCCUGACUGAGACAUCCACCGUCGUAAGCUCGACGCCCCACGAAGAUGUCUGGCUCGGCUCAUCCGGCGCCUUGCUCCCUGGAUUCGAGGCACGCAUUAUGACGCCCGAAGGCAAGGAAAUCACGACAUACGAUACACCGGGCGAGUUGGUAGUCCGAGGCCCCAGUGUCGUCCUGGGAUAUCUGAACAACGAAAAAGCCACCAAGGAGACAUUUGUGGAUGGAUGGAUGCUUACGGGCGAUGAGGCUGUCGUUCGCGUAAGCCCGAACGGCGUCGAGCAUGUGUUUAUUGUCGACCGGAUUAAGGAGUUGAUCAAGGUCAAGGGUCUGCAAGUCGCACCUGCCGAACUGGAAGCCCACCUCCUUGCCCACCCCGAUGUUUCGGACUGUGCUGUUAUUGCCAUUCCGGAUGAUCGUGCAGGAGAAGUUCCCAAGGCCAUUGUAGUGAAAUCCCCCACGGCAGGGUCGGACGAAUCAACCUUGCAAGCUCUCGUGAAGCAUGUCGAAGACCACAAGGCUCGUCAUAAGUGGUUGAAGGGAGGUAUCAGAUUUGUGGAUGUAAUUCCCAAGAGUCCAAGUGGUAAGAUCCUUCGCCGAUUGCUCCGUGAUCAAGAGAAGGAGGCACGAAGAAAGGCAGGUAGCAAGAUCUAA